AUGGCUCCGUCCCAUGGACCGUAUGGUCAAUCACCAAACGCCCAACAGCGCCCAAUCUACCUACCUGCCUCAGCCGCCAACGAUCACCACGACCGAACACUAUCCACACCCACGCGACCUUCGAGACCUUCCUCCGCCCUGCACAGCACAUCCCGCAACAGUGCGGCGGCUUCCAUGCUCCCCGCUCACAGUACCAGGAUGGACGUCAGCGCAUCUGGCUCCAGAGCACCUCGGCUGUCCCACGGCUCUCCUUCCGCCUAUGAGCGCUUUGAUGAAGUCGCUUGGAUCGUCGACCUGAGCUCCCGCAUUGGCGAUGCGCUGGUCUCUCCAGCGCACACCUCUGUCAAGCCUUCCGAUGUUGCAUCCUCCUCCUCGCCGCACACACCACAUGGACUCGUUCGCUCACAGAAUCGCGUACGUCUGCCCCGACCCAGCAAAGAGUUCCGCGAAUUACAGCAGCGCGUGCAGCUGAGCCGUGGCUCGGAGCCUUCUCUGGCGGCUGCCGACACCAGCAUCAGCUCAGCCGCAUCUCUCCGCUCCGACGCCCCCGACGCUUCCGCCAUACAGUGGGCACUGCAGGCUCAGCAAGAUUUUGAUCGCCGCCGCGCUGAGCUGCAACGUUCACGACGAGGCGUCUUGAAGCAUCUCGAAGACGGUCAGGAGGAUCGGGACGAGGACGGCGAUGAACUGCAAGCGGAAGCCGCAUCAGAAUCAGCUGUAGAUCCAGCAGUCCAACGCAGCAUGCUCGCUGCUCGCUCGCUCCAAGAACUGAUCAAUGUUGGCGGAUUCCAGGCAGAGGACGACGAUACCGCAGAGGCUGGAUUGGCAAGUCUGCUCGACAGCGCCGAGGCACUGCCAGGAGGAGCUGCUGAGCUCGGUCCGUCCUCUCUCUUCGAGUCGAAUCGAGCAUCAGAUGGCUCACUCGACAUCGAGUCCAUUCUGCAACAACGCGCAAGAAUGGCCGCCGUCGACGAUCAAGCUCAAGCCAGCACAUCACGACCCACCUCAAGCAUGCUCGAUCUCUCACAGGCUCCUUCUCAUCCAGUCAAACGACCCGUCAUCGAGAUGCUUGACCCUGAGACUUCUCCCGGAAUGAGCCAAACUACGCGGCCAACCGACAGAGAGGCAUCUGCAUCCGGCGAAUCCAGCCCGUCUUCAUUGGACUCUCAGGGAGUGACCAGCGACCACCAACAGGAGCUCGUUCAGGCUUCACAGCAAAGAUCUGUGCCACAUCCGAUGGAUCAGAUCGCAAUCGUCGAUGGAGUCUUCCAAAUCAUUCCAGCGCAAUCGCAUGCGUCUUUCGACCCGCGACAAAGUCCUGCCCCAGCUCUUCACGAUGCCGAGGUGAGCGACGUUGAAGCUGCAUCGGAUGACGAAGACGAGGACGCAGUCGGGCACAGCCAAGAAGAGGAGAGGGAUGAUGCGUCGGAAGAGGAUGGCUCCGACGAGGACGAGGACGAAGAUUCGGAGGAAGAGGAGGACGACGAGGACGAGGACGAAGAGAUGGAUGACAGCGCGGAGCGGGGCCGUGCAGCCCCUUCCGCAUCGCGACAGUAUCACGACGGCUUCGGAGGCGUAAGCACUCGAGAUCUGCUGUCCGAAGGUCCUGCUGGUGAUGCCGACGAGCCCAUCGUCUUGUCCGACUCGGAGGACGAGCCAGAAGACGACGAUCCAGCCGGAAGCCAAGGCAAAAGCGAAGAAGACGACGAACAAGUCUCCGAAGAAGACGACCCAGAUGAGCUCGCUCAAGACUCGGAAGACGAAUCCGAAGACGACUCUCAGAGGUCAGCUGAAGCCGAGCAAGGUGACAUAACUGUCCCGACGCACUACCAGAGCCCGUCGCUGGCGCAACAGACCCUUCGCGAGCAGGGUGAUCAGGACGAAGACAUGGCGGAAGACAACAGCGCGGAGCAGGCAGUCGGCAUGGAAGCUCAACGGCCUGAUACCUCCCACCCCGAUGUCGACAUAAACACCGUCGCGGACUUCAAAUCGGACCGUCCCGGCGAGCUGAUUCAGAAUUCAAUCUCGCCAGCGGCUGUCUCCGCCCUUGCUUCCGGCCUGCCAAACGGCUUUACGAGCGGAACCAUCACUCAGCUGCCUGCUGAUCUCGAAGGCGACGGUGUGCCCGACAGCGAGGUGGAGCCCGAAGAGCUGGACGACGAUCUGCGCUGGUCUGACAUCGAGGCUGACCAGGGCGAUGACGACGAACCAACCGAUGCUGAGAGUCUUGACCGGCUAGCAUCCGCGGACGCUGCCUACCGCUCGAUUCAAGGCUCACAGACCAUGCCCGGCUUUGUUUCCGCCGCCCACAUCUUGGCCGAUAUUCAAGCUACAAACGCUGAGGCCAAGAUCGAGGACCCAGCAGCGGCGAACGACCUCCCGAGACACGAUGAGGGUCCCAUUGAUCCGCAGUUGCUUGCCGACCUUGACGUCGAGGCAAUCGCAGGUACGACCUCCACCGCCGACGAUGCUGAGAGCGCAAUUCAGGUCGAAGUGCAGGGCAACUCGGACAGCCAGACAGAGGCCGACAUUUUUGACGCCUUUACUCGCCAGGACGCAGCAUCAGAGCUUCGCGAGCCUCUCGACGAAGGCCAGAAGGACGGCGAGGAUACGGCGACGGCGAGUGUCGACGCGGAUCAGGAGAGGGACGUCGAUGCACCGGGAGAGGCUGAAUCGAUCGCGCCGGUAAUUGCCUUCCAGCCUGUCGAGGUCGCCCAACAUGAUGCCUCGGUCGCCGCUGGUGACGGAGAGGAGAUCUCUCAGCCGGCAAGGGACGGCGAUCAACCGACGGAUAUGAUCAGCGAAGAACGAGAACAGCCGGAUAUGUCUCUCGACGCGCCGGUCCAAGACGAAGUCGGAGAAGUUCCGGACGGUCAGGCGAUCGACAAGGUGGACGGUGCCUUUGUCUCAAAUGACGAGGCCGUCGCGGCUGUCGAGACCCAACAGGUCUCCAAUGCUUCUCCCCCUCAUCCAGCACAAGAAGAGGACAGAGCCUCCACGGACCUAGAAGAGCCCGCCCAAAAGCCGGUCCUCAUGCGCAUCGAGAGCACAGAUGUGCAGGAGGCGGACAUAGAAGACAAUGGCGAAGAAGAGGCAGCUCCCGAAGAGGCCAUCAUCCAGAUUCCUAGCGCCUCCUCGCUCGCUGCCAUCGCGGCGAAGGCUGACUCGGAGUCUGAGGCGGACGUGGCCGAAGCCGGCAAGAUCGUAACGAGCGUGACCGUCGCGGACGACGACACGAACGGGCCCGCGCCCCCCGUCGACAACGAAGCUGCUAGCGGUGAAACCGAAGCCGUCCAUGUAUCAAUCCCGCUCGAGGUCCUUGUCCAGGCGCAGGAGGAGGAAGCCAUUCUCAGCGGCGAUCUUGCCGAUCGAGACAGCAGCAUCGAGCGACAAGCGGUGCCUGCGGCAGUCGAGUCUCCCGUCGCCGAUCAAGACGACGAGGCGCGAGUGCAGAGCGACCAGGAUCUCGCUGGAGAGCCUGUCGAGGCGGAUGCUGAGUUGCUGACAGAGGCAGCGACCGAGACAGAGGAACGCGCGCCACCAUCUACUCUGGACGAGGUUGUUGCAACAGUGACAGGUCAGGAGAGCGUGGAUGAGGGUUCCCAGCUUGCCGACAAUCACGCACGCGACGAAGUUCCCAGCGGCGAGUCGCCAACAAGCAUUGCCACUGCGGCGCCGACCGUCCCUGAAAUCGAGGUGGAAAGGAAGGACGCCGAGGAGACGCCCGCCGCCGUCCACCCUAUGCAUUUGUCCCCAGUCCGGGUCCCGCCGUCGCCGGCUUCCUCAGAUCGCCGAUCGACCUCCAGCUUCACGCCCUCAGCCAAUCGUCAAGGCAAUCGUCACUUACACGGCACUGCCAAGCGCAGCUUCUUUGCGCAGGUCACCGAAGUCGCAUCUGGGUUUGCCAGCAACCUGACUGCGCCUCUUCGUGCCAUCCCAUCUUUGCUUCCCAUUAGCGAGAAGCGGUCGGAGGAGACUCGCGAGAGCAACGAAAACGCAGACGACGCGGCGCCCGUAGAGAACGUGGCUCAAGACGAUGUUCCAACCGAGAGCCAACGACAGACGACCCGCUCGCGCAAACCUGCAGAGGCUUCCAAGUUCACCAUGAACACGCGCUCUCACUGCAUCUGCCGGAAAUUGCAGCUGACCAAGGUAGAGGGCGCUCCGGUCUUCAUCGUUCCAGGCUGCUCCAUCGACUACCAAAAAGCGCAAGCCGAAGCCGCCACAGACCUCGGUCCUACAGACGAAAGCUUGGCUGAAGAAUGGCUCACCGUCGAUCCGGACUUCCUUCCCAUGGACGUGCACCACAUGCUCAGCCGCGUCAUUGGUCUCCAGUUUCUCAACGAAGGCAUUUGCGUUGAGCCGGGCUCCUCGGCGGCCGAGAUGGUGUUUGCUGGAUGGGAUCUCGACGAAGAUCUCGUCUCGUCUCGUGAUGAGAUUCAAAAGCGCGAUCCGGACAUGGAGCCUGAUCUUGUAGCUGACGAGCAGGCUCCAACGGACGCUUUGAAGCAAAAGGCGCUUGCACACCAGACGGAGGAUGACGCUGACGAUGCAGAUCCGACGCAGACAGAUGGUGCUGCCACAGUGGAGGCCGAAACUCUCGACGAUGAUAUGCAAAGCCAGGAGCCCGAGACACCUUCGCGAGCCAUGAGGCGAAGUGCGCGUCACCGACGAAACAGCAGCGUCGCAUCGACGUCGUCACCUCAUCGGGCACCUCACCACCCAGACGCGAAUAGCCCCAAUGCCGACUAUCUUCCUGACGACGAGAGGCGUCGUCUGCUCAAGGAUAGGCACCCAGCAACGCCGGCGCGUGGCGAUGUUUCCAUUGCAUCGCUCGAGGAGCAAUUCCAAGCCGACGAAGACACGGAGGACGUCAAGGCAGAUGGUCCUGAUUUCACGAGUGGGGCCGAGCAGGAGCUUUCGUCGCCCAGGGCAAAGGGGAAACGCAACCGAGGCCGAAAGAGCCAAGCCACGACCAAACAAUUCGCACAAGACGAGCGAGGGAUGGAGCCAGGUGAUGCUGAGCUGCCUUUGGAGGGACCCAAAGCCAAGAAAGCUCGCGGCCGUACAUCAGCCGCUCCUGGAAACGUUGCGGCUGACGAAGCUCCUGUCGACGAUCCCAAGGACGUCGAAGAAGCUGCGAUGGUUGAAGAUGCCCUCGAGCGCGCGGUUCCUCCACCGAAAAGGCCUCGCCGUGGCCGAAAGACGCAAGAAGCGGCCGAUGCAAACGGGCAGAAGCAGGAGACGAAGACCGGCGGAGAAGAGGAGUCAGACAAGCCACAGAACGGGUCGAGGAGCACGCGUUCCGUCAAGGCUAACGAGGAACAGGCGUCGCAGGAGACCGACAGCAAGCCCGAAGACGAAGCUGGAUCGGAGGCAAAGCAGCCGCAGAAGGGACGACAGAGCGGCAAAGGAGGGAGAAAGCGCAAGCAGUCUGUUGAUCAGGAGGAGCCCGAUACCGCCACAGAGGCAGCGACACCUGUCGGGAAGGUGGCCAAGGCCGACGAUGCAGACAGUGUCAAGGCGCAGCCACGCCGUAGUCGUCGGUCGCAGGGAGGCGCGUCUGCGCAGAGCCCGAGCCCUAGCAAGGCGAGCCCGGGCAAGGCCUCGAAGCGCAAGAACAUCCUGAAGCUCAGCUGA